AUGGCUUCGUCAAAGGGUUUAACGCAAUUUUGGGUGAUUACUUUCAAAACCACGCCAAGCUUGCUAGAAUUCUCUCCGCAAACUGUGCAACUUCAAAUCUUUACCGGCACCGGAAGAAACAACAGUCGAGAAGAUAUGGCUGAUUUGUUGCAGAAGGCGAUUCAAUCGAUGUCUCUUGAAGAGGAAGAGCCUCUAACCUUGCCUGACAGCCCGAGAUUCAGAAUCUAUGAGGAGAACGAGAGGAGUUUGAUGGGAAGACUUCUCAAUCCCGAUUGCCAAACUAUGGCAAAGAUGAUAGACUUCAUGCCGACUGCGUGGAGGGUGUUUGGCAGAGUGCGCGGUAUCGCGUUGUCUCGAGACAGAUUCCAGUUUGUGUUCCAGCGUGAGGAGGAUCUGGAGACGGUGCUGAAGGACAGACCGUGGUCCUACAACUAUUGGACAAUGAUUUUGGAGCGCUGGACAGCCAAUCCUCCUGCGGAUUACCUACAGACGAUGAAGAUUUGGAUCCGUAUGAGAAAUAUUCCUGCGAAUUUCUUCACAGUGGAGACGAUGUUUAAGCUUGCUGGUGAAGUUGGAUUAGCUGAAAAGGUGGAGUAUGAUCCUAAGGUGUCUCACACAAAGGAUUAUGUCAGGGCUUUGGUCCUGUUUGAUGCUAACAAUCCUGCAAAGGCUGCUCGCAAACUUAGCGUUGAAGGAGGAACGGUUACUAUUACGUAUGAGUAUGAGAAGCUCCACAAAUGCUGCUACCAUUGCCUAAGGCUCACACACGAAAAUGUGAAGUGCACUUUACGCAAGAAGAGCACUGUGGUUAGGCAAAAGACAGUGGACCCUCCAAGGGCCGAUCUUAGAGAGCCGUUGAUUGCGGACCAGCGUAGUGAUCCUCAGAGGUUUCCGGUGCUUUUUCCCGAGUUAUCAGGAGAAGAACGUAACAUGGCAAUGCUCUAUAUCUCUCACGCUGAUCCUACUGAACGUAUGGCGAGAAUUGAGCGUGUGAGACAAGGGAUUGCAGAGGAUAAGGCAGCAUCUGCUGCUAACAUUCAACGCAUCACGAAGGAGCUUGACAAAGGAAAGGGUCCAAUGCUCUCUUACACAGCACUUUUGGAAGCUCAGCAGGGUGGAAGCUCGCGUCAAGCUUUGGCUUUACUCCCACCUGAAGGAGAGAAGAGUGAUGACGACACUGGUUCUAUACACUCUGUUUCUUCAGCGCCUUUGGCUCUUUCGGGUUUUCAGUUAGGCCCUUCUACGAAAGGGCGAGUCAUUGGCAACAACGGUUCAAACAAAACUUCAAGAAAAAGGCCUCAGGCUUGGAAGAGGAGAGCUACUGGCAAAGAGUUGAAACUCACCUCAACUCCAUCCCCUCCUGGCCACACGGAGCCUUCUGUAAGCUCAAAACGGAAGUCUGGUGCUCCGUUAUCUUCAGAAAACAAGAACAUGAAACUCUCAGACCCUUCGGUGGCUUCCGUAUUGAAGCCGCUGCAACCCCAAUGA